UCACUUCUUUGUCAUAAACGUUGUCGGACGGUGAUUUAUGGGCUUUUUCGGGAAGAAUUAGAUCGGUGAUAAGCUUUUGGGGGUGGUUUGAUUUUUAAGGGGCAAUGCACCAUCGAUUAUGGUUGCUAGUGACAGUGAUUUAUGUCACCUGUGCUGUUGGCGUCGAAGACGAGGACGACCCUCGGCAGACGACCCUAUCGCCAGCUGAGGAGUACAAGAACAAUCCGUACUGCUUCCGGUUCACGUGGCUCGGGCCAAAGUACAACAAGGAUAGUCAGUACAAGAAUGUUUCCUGCGAAAAUCUGCUGAAGAAGGCCACCGGAAUUCCGUGCUUUCAUCCGCUGGUGGUGACGAAUAACAGUAAUGUUCCGGACACGGAGUACAUGUGGAGCGAGUACAAGGACAAGCCGUCCCAGAUUGCGUGUCGGCUGGUCCGGGGAGAGGUCUGCGCUCGGUUCACCUAUCGGUACAAUGGGGCAAUCGAAAACAUCACGUACAUGUGCGCCAAGAUGAACGUGGACAACGAAUCUUCGACGGCGUCCACGUGCUACACGGAGGACCGCAGCGGGCGCGAAAUCGAGGUCUGCGUGUGCGAAUCGGCCGCCGGCAAGACACCCUGCAACCGGGCCGCGACCACCCUUCUGCUGGACCAGCUGGAGCGGCCCCUGUUCCUGGCGGGGCUGGCCAUCGUUCAGCUGCUGGCCCUCCGGAUGAGCGGAAUCGGACGAUAAUGUGGCUUGUAUGGUUUGUUCCAAAUAAAAGGCAUUGUUUUGUAUUUUUGA